GUCGCGAUGCUGGGGUGGGGCGAGGUGCAGCGCGAGGGCGGGACGGUGUAUGUCAGCCUCGACGGCGAGGAGUUCGACGCGAUCGAGGACGCGCACCAGGCGUUCCAGAUCGCGGACGCCAGCGGUGGCUCGUUGCGCGACGUGACGAAGGGCCUCGCGCAGGGCAAGUACAGAGGUUCCGUGCUGAGCCAACGCGACGACUGGAUGGACCACGGAGACCACCCUACUGUCCAAGACAUGAGCUUGUACGUCUACAGCAUCUGGGUGCACCGCGUGGAACUGCCGUCUUACGCCCUUCCAGCCGGGGAGCUGGGCCGGAGGGCUGGCCGUCGAGCCGCGCAUCCCGACGCCGAUGGCUUCCAGUUUGCGGUGAGCGCGGAGUCGAGCGUGGAGACGCAUUGCCUCAUGAAGUCGGCGCUGCUCCGACCAGUGCGCCUGCCGGACGCCGACGGGCCCAGCGACGCGAGGGAGCUCCGCUUCCUCCUCGCGUGCGAGCACCUGUGCGUGGCGCCCGAGG